CAAUAGCAUUCAACUCUCAUCAAACCAUCAUCAAACUUUCCAACCUCCACAAUGUCUUCCGGUUCCACUACCAACAUGCUGCGUGUCAGCAUCGAGUCCCAGAAAUUCCCCGGAUCCUUCCUCCGCAUGGACGGACGGGACGUCACCAAAUACUCUGAUUCUGGUGGCGGUACUGUCAACGUCCAGAACUAUGUUGGCACGUACGAGACUCUCAUCAUCGUGAACUACCCCGAUGACAAUACCUUCUCUAUCAUGUCCUCUGCCUUCCCGAACGUCUACCUCCGCAUGGAUGGCUCCGAUGUUAAAUCUGGAGAGACCUACGCCCAGGGUGCCGGAAAGGUUAACUGCCAGUGGGGCAGCUAUUCUUGGGAGAAAUUCCGCUUCGAGAACCAGGAAGAUGGCACCAAGGCUAUUGCUUCUGUGCAAUUCCCGAAUGCCUAUCUGCGCAUGGAGAAUGUCACCGGCCAGGGUGGACCUAGCGGUGCUGGAACUGUUAACUGCCAGAGCUAUAUCGGUUCCUAUGAGAAAUUCAAGAUCAAUGUCCUGUAGUGUGGGAGCAUAGCACUGUCGACUGUUGUAGUGGUAUUCUUCUUUUGUUAUUUUCUUUUUAUUCAUGCGGUUCAAAGUUAUGGCAAAAGAAAGGGAGGGAAGAAAAGGUGGAAGAAAAAAAUGGGGGGGAAACGGGCGC